GCCAGGACACUCCAGAUGGUCAGAGUUUUAGGAAGGUUUUUGUGAAGCCUCGGGUCAGGUGGGAAGGCAGGAGGACUUGGGCGCCGCGCCCGCGGACGUGAAGCCGGAACUCCCGGCCCCGCCCACCAGUUGGCAUUUAGACCCCUGCCGGGUACUCUUUGCAGCCCGCGUGGCCGCGCCCUCCCGGAACUGGCGGGCGCCGCGGCGGUUCGAGCCAUGGAGGUCCUUCCCGUCGGAGGGACGAGGGACCCGCAGCAAGCCGAGGUGGCGGCGGGGCACCCGGCAAGCGAAGGCGACGAGGAGCCGCAGCCCCAUGGCCGCACCAGCCGCACCGCGUCCCUGGUGAGCGGGCUGCUCACAGAGCUCUACAGCUGCACCGAGGAGGAGGAGGUUGCAGCCGGCGGGGACCGUGCGUCCCGGGGUCGCCCCCCGCGCAGCGACAGCCUGGACAGCUCCACGGAGACCUCGGGUUCCGAGGUAUUCCUGGGCGGCCGCGGCGCGGGCGACUCCCGAGUGCUACAAGAGCUGCGGGAGCGGCCGAGCCUGCGCCUCCAGAUGCAGUACCUGCGGCGGAAAGACUGUGGCGAGCUGAAGACCAUUCUGCGAGAGCUCAAGUACAGGAUUGGCAUCCAGUCGGCAAAGCUGCUCCGGCAUCUGAAACAGAAAGACAGGUUCCUGCAUAAGGUUCAGAAGAACUGUGACAUCGUGACGGCCUGCUUGCAGGCUGUGUCCCAGAAGAGAAGAGUUGAUACAAAAUUGAAGUUCACACUUGAGCCAUCCUUAGGCCAAAAUGGUUUUCAGCAGUGGUAUGAUGCUCUCAAGGCAGUUGCCAGACUGUCAACAGGGAUCCCAAAGGAAUGGAGGAGAAAGGUUUGGCUGACCCUGGCAGAUCACUAUUUGCACAGUAUAGCCAUCGACUGGGACAAAACUAUGCGCUUCACUUUCAACGAGAGAAGCAACCCUGAUGAUGACUCGAUGGGAAUUCAGAUAGUCAAGGACCUGCAUCGUACGGGCUGCAGUUCCUACUGUGGCCAGGAGGCGGAGCAAGACAGGGUGGUGCUAAAGAGGGUGCUGUUGGCCUACGCCCGGUGGAACAAGAACGUCGGGUACUGCCAAGGCUUCAACAUCCUGGCUGCCUUGAUUCUGGAAGUGAUGGAGGGCAACGAGGGAGACGCACUGAAAAUUAUGAUUUACCUGAUUGAUAAGGUACUCCCUGAAAGUUACUUUGUUGAUAACCUCCGGGCACUGUCUGUGGAUAUGGCUGUCUUCAGAGACCUUCUGAGGAUGAAGCUCCCUGAACUGUCACUGCACCUUGACGCCCUUCAGAGAACGGCAAACAAAGAGAGUGGAGGCGGCUACGAGCCCCCGCUCACCAACGUCUUCACCAUGCAGUGGUUUCUCACGCUCUUCGCCACGUGCCUCCCUAACCACACGGUUUUGAAGAUCUGGGAUUCAGUCUUCUUCGAAGGUUCAGAGAUCAUCCUGAGGGUGUCGCUGGCUAUCUGGGCUAAACUGGGAGAGCAGAUAGAGUGUUGUGAAACAGCAGAUGAAUUCUACAGCACCAUGGGGCGCCUUACCCAGGAGAUGCUGGAGCAUGGCCUGCUGCAGAGCCACGAGCUCAUGCAGACUGUUUACUCGAUGGCCCCGUUCCCUUUCCCACAGCUGGCAGAGCUGAGGGAAAAGUACACCUACAACAUUACACCAUUCCCAGCCACAGUCAGGCCCACUUCAGUUUCCGGGCGACACAGCAGAGCCAGAGACAGUGAUGAGGAGAAUGACCCGGAUGACGAGGAUGCUGUUGCUAAUGCCGUGGGCUGCCUUGGACCUUUCAGUGGGCUCCUGGCCCCUGAGCUGCAGAAGUACCAAAAGCAGAUGAAAGAAGCGAGUGAGGAACAGACCCUGAGGUCAAACAACAUUGCCGAGCUGACCCCGGGAGCGAUCAAUUCCUGUCGAAGCGAAUACCACGCAGCAUUCAACAGCAUGAUGAUGGAGCGGAUGACCACGGACAUCAACGCCCUGAAGCGGCAGUACUCCCGGAUUAAAAAGAAACAGCAGCAGCAGGUCCACCAGGUGUACAUAAGGGCAGACAAAGGGCCGGUGACCAGCAUCCUCCCAUCUCAGGCAAACAGUUCUCCAGUGAUAAAUCACCUUCUUCUAGGGAAAAAGAUGAAAAUUACAAACAGAGCCUCCAAGAAUGCAGUCAUCCAUAUCCCUGGCCACACAGGAGGCAAAAUAUCUCCUGUCCCCUACGAAGACCUUAAGACAAAGCUCAACUCUCCUUGGCGGACUCAUAUCCGAGUCCACAAAAAGAACAUGCCGAGGACGAAGAGUCAUCCGGGCUGUGGGGACACCGUAGGGCUGAUAGAAGAACAGAAUGAAGGCGGUAAAGCCAGCAGCCUUGGGGCGGCUGAGGAGUGUUCCUCCGGUUGUGGGGCAACGCCUCACGGUCAGGGCAGCGGCCAUGAUGGUGGCACGCCUAGGACAAUCGAAGGGCAAUCUCCAGAGCCGGUAUUUGGCGAUGCUGAUGUUGAUGUGGCUGCAGUUCAGGUGAAACUAGAAGCUUUGGAACUGAACCAAAGGGAUGCCGCCGCCGAAACUGAGUCCAAGGUGCCCCUCCCCUGCCAGCGGCAUGCCCCAGAGUUAGCUGAUGCCCCUGGAGAAACCCCGACUGCCAGCAAACCUCCCUCAGGCGGCAACUCCAAAACCCCCAUCUUCAGCCCCUUUCCCAGUGUCAAGCCACUGCGAAAAUCAGCCACGGCCAGGAAUUUGGGGUUAUAUGGCCCUACAGACCGAACCCCAACCAUGCACUUCCCUCAGAUGAGCAGGGGCUUCAGCAAGUCGGGCGUCGGGAGCAGCAGCACCAAGAAGCGAUGAUUUCUCCCCGUCGCUCAGCGUCUAGACUCACGUGGCACGGUGGCGUAAGCGCGUCGGCCACACCCUUCCUGCUUCAUUUGUCUGGUGAAAACGAACCAAGAGGUUCAGAGCUGAACACCAACAGCCCCAGCCAAAUGGGAACUGCAAGUUUCAAGGC